AUGGUCGUGGACGUGGACGUGGACGUGGACAUGGACGUGGACAUGGACGUGGACAUGGACGUGGACGUGGACGUGGACCUGGACGUGGACCUGGACGUGGACGUGGACGUGGACGUGGACGUGGACGUGGACGUGGACGUGGACGUGGACGUGGACGUGGACAUGGACGUGGACAUGGACGUGGACGUGGACGUGGACGUGGACGUGGACAUGGACAUGGACGUGGACGUGGACGUGGACAUGGACAUGGACGUGGACGUGGACGUGGACGUGGACGUGGACAUGGACGUGGACGUGGACGUGGACGUGGACCUGGACGUGGACGUGGACAUGGACGUGGACGUGGACGUGGACGUGGACGUGGACGUGGACCUGGACGUGGACCUGGACGUGGACGUGGACGUGGACGUGGACAUGGACGUGGACGUGGACGUGGACAUGGACGUGGACGUGGACGUGGACAUGGACGUGGACGUGGACAUGGACGUGGACGUGGACAUGGACGUGGACGUGGACAUGGACGUGGACGUGGACGUGGACGUGACGGACGUGGACGUGGACGUGGACGUGGACGUGGACAUGGACGUGGACGUGGACGUGGACGUGGACGUGGACAUGGACGUGGACGUGGACAUGGACGUGGACAUGGACGUGGACAUGGACGUGGACGUGGACGUGGACGUGGACAUGGACAUGGACGUGGACGUGGACGUGGACAUGGACGUGGACGUGGACGUGGACAUGGACGUGGACGUGGACGUGGACGUGGACGUGGACAUGGACGUGGACGUGGACGUGGACGUGGACAUGGACGUGGACGUGGACGUGGACGUGAACAUGGACGUGGACGUGGACGUGGACCUGGACGUGGACGUGGACGUGGACGUGGACAUGGACGUGGACAUGGACGUGGAGGACGUGGACGUGGACAAGGACUUGGACGUGGACGUGGACGUGGACGUGGACAUGGACGUGGACGUGGACAUGGACGUGGACGUGGACGUGGACGUGGACGUGGACGUGGACAUGGACGUGGACGUGGACAUGGACGUGGACGUGGACGUGGACGUGGACGUGGACGUGGACGUGGACGUGGACGUGAACGUGGACGUGGACAUGGACGUGGACGUGGACGUGGACGUGGACAUGGACGUAGACGUGGACGUGGACAUGGACGUGGACAUGGACGUGGACGUGGACAUGGACGUGGACAUGGACGUGGACGUGGACGUGGACGUGGACAUGGACGUGGACGUGGACGUGGACGUGGACAUGGACGUGGACGUGGACGUGGACGUGGACGUGGACGUGGACGUGGACGUGGACGUGGACAUGGACGUGGACGUGGACGUGGACAUGGACGUGGACGUGGACGUGGACGUGGACGUGGAUGUGGACGUGGACAUGGACGUGGACAUGGACGUGGACGUGGACGUGGACAUGGACGUGGACGUGGACGUGGACAUGGACGUGGACGUGGACGUGGACGUGGAGAUGGUCGUGGACGUGGACGUGGACGUGGACGUGGACGUGGACGUGGACGUGGACGUGGACAUGGACGUGGACGUGGACGAGGACGUGGACUUGGACGUGGACGUGGACGUGGACGUGGACGUGGACGUGGACGUGGACGUGGACGUGGACGUGGACGUGGACGUGGACGUGGACGUGGACGUGGACGUGGACGUGGACGUGGACAUGGACGUGGACGUGGACGUGGACAUGGACGUGGACGUGGACGUGGACGUGGACGUGGACAUGGACGUGGACGUGGACGUGGACGUGGACGUGGACAUGGACGUGGACGUGGACGUGGACGUGGACAUGAACGUGGACGUGGACGUGGACGUGGACGUGGAUAUGGACGUGGACAUGGUCGUGGACGUGGACGUGGACGUGGACAUGGACGUGGACGUGGACGUGGACAUGGACAUGGACGUGGACGUGGACGUGGACAUGGACGUGGAUGUGGACGUGGACAUGGACGUGGACGUGGACGUGGACGUGGACAUGGACGUGGACGUGGACGUGGACGUGGACGUGGACAUGGACGUGGACGUGGACGUGGACGUGGACAUGGACAUGGACGUGGACGUGGACGUGGACGUGAACAUGGACGUGGACAUGGACGUGGACAUGGACGUGGACGUGGACGUGGACGUGGACAUGGACGUGGACGUGGACGUGGACAUGGACGUGGACGUGGACGUGGACGUGGACAUGACGUGGACGUGGACGUGGACCUGGACGUGGACGUGGACGUGGACAUGGACGUGGACGUGGACGUGGACAUGGACGUGGACGUGGACGUGGACAUGGACGUGGACGUGGACGUGGACGUGGACAUGGACGUGGACAUGGACGUGGACAUGGACGUGGACGUGGACGUGGACCUGGACGUGGACCUGGACGUGGACGUGGACGUGGACGUGGACGUGGACGUGGACGUGGACGUGGACGUGGACGUGGACGUGGACAUGGACGUGGACAUGGACGUGGACGUGGACGUGGACGUGGACGUGGACAUGGACAUGGACGUGGACGUGGACGUGGACAUGGACAUGGACGUGGACGUGGACGUGGACGUGGACGUGGACAUGGACGUGGACGUGGACGUGGACGACCUGGACGUGGACGUGGAUGUGGACAUGGACGUGGACGUGGACGUGGACGUGGACGUGGACGUGGACCUGGACGUGGACCUGGACGUGGACGUGGACGUGGACGUGGACAUGGACGUGGACGUGGACGUGGACAUGGACGUGGACGUGGACGUGGACAUGGACGUGGACACGUGGACGUGGACGUGGACAUGGACGUGGACGUGGACGUGGACAUGGACGUGGACGUGGACGUGGACGUGGACAUGGACGUGGACGUGGACGUGGACGUGGACAUGGACGUGGACGUGGACAUGGACGUGGACAUGGACGUGGACGUGGACGUGGACGUGGACGUGGACGUGGACAUGGACGUGGACGUGGACGUGGACGUGGACAUGGACAUGGAGGUAGACGUGGACGUGGACGUGGAAAUGGACGUGGACGUGGACGUGGCAGGGACGUGGACGUGGACGUGGACGUGGACGUGGACAUGGACGUGGACGUGGACGUGGACGUGGACGUGGACAUGGACGUGGACGUGGACAUGGACGUGGACAUGGACGUGGACAUGGACGUGGACGUGGACGUGGACGUGGACAUGGACAUGGACGUAGACGUGGACGUGGACAUGGACGUGGACGUGGACGUGGACAUGGUCGUGGACGUGGACGUGGACGUGGACGUGGACAUGGACGUGGACGUGGACGUGGACGUGGACAUGGACGUGGACGUGGACGUGGACGUGGACAUGGACGUGGACGUGGACGUGGACCUGGACGUGGACGUCGACGUGGACGUGGACAUGGACGUGGACAUGGACGUGGAGGACUUGGACGUGGACAAGGACUUGGACGUGGACCUGGACGUGGACGUGGACAUGGGCGUGGACGUGGACAUGGACGUGGACGUGGACGUGGACGUGGACGUGGACGUGGACAUGGACGUGGACGUGGACAUGGACGUGGACGUGGACGUGGACGUGGACGUGGACGUAGACGUGGACGUGGACGUGAACGUGGACGUGGACAUGGACGUGGACGUGGACGUGGACGUUGACAUGGACGUGGACGUGGACGUGGACAUGGACGUGGACAUGGACGUGGACGUGGACAUGGACGUGGACAUGGACGUGGACGUGGACGUGGACGUCGACAUGGACGUGGACGUGGACGUGGACGUGGACAUGGACGUGGACGUGGACGUGGACGUGGACGUGGACGUGGACGUGGACGUGGACGUGGACAUGGACGUGGACGUGGACGUGGACAUGGACGUGGACGUGGACGUGUACGUGGACGUGGACGUGGACGUGGACGUGGACCUGGACGUGGACGUGGACGUGGAUGUGGACGUGGACGUGGACAUGGACGUGGACAUGGACGUGGACGUGGACGCGGACGUGGACGUGGACGUGGACGUGGAGAUGGACGUGGACAUGGACGUGGACGUGGACGUGGACAUGGACGUGGACGUGGACGUGGACAUGGACGUGGACGUGGACGUGGACGUGGAGAUGGACGUGGACGUGGACGUGGACGUGGACGUGGACGUGGACGUGGACGUGGACGUGGACAUGGACGAGGACGUGGACGUGGACGUGGACUUGGACGUGGACGUGGACGUGGACGUGGACGUGGACGUGGACGUGGACGUGGACGUGGACGUGGACGUGGACGUGGACGUGGACGUGGACGUGGACGUGGACGUGGACGUGGACGUGGACGUGGACGUGGACGUGGACGUGGACGUGGACGUGGACAUGGACGUGGACGUGGACGUGGACGUGGACAUGGACGUGGACGUGGACGUGGACGUGGACAUGGACGUGGACGUGGUCGUGGACGUGGACGUGGACGUGGACGUGGACGUAGACGUGGACGUGGACGUGGUCAUGGACGUGGACGUGGACGUGGACGUGGACGUGGACGUGGUCGUGGACGUGGACGUGGACGUGGACGUGGACCUGGACGUGGACGUGGACGUGGACGUGGACGUGGACGUGGAUGUGGACGUGGACGUGGACGUGGACGUGGACGUGGACGUGGACGUGGACGUGGACGUGGACCUGGACGUGGACGUGGACGUGGACGUGGACCUGGACGUGGACAUGGACGUGGACGUGGACGUGGACGUGGACCUGGACGUGGACAUGGAUAUGGACGUGGACGUGGACGUGGACGUCGACGUGGAUGUGGACGUGGACGUGGACAUGGACAUGGACGUGGACAUGGACGUGGACAUGGAUAGGGACGUGGACGUGGACGUGGACAUGGACGUGGACGUGGACGUGGACGUGGACAUGUGGCGUGGACAUGGACGUGGACGUGGACAUGGACGUGGACGUGGACGUGGAUGUGGACGUGGACAUGGACGUGGACGUGGACGUGGACGUGGACAUGGUUGUGGACGUGGACGUGGACGUGGACAUGGACGUGGACGUGGACGUGGACAUGGACGUGGACAUGGACGUGGACGUGGACGUGGACGUGGACCUGGACGUGGACAUGGACAUGGACGUGGACGUGGACGUGGACGUGGACGUGGAUGUGGACGUGGACGUGGACGUGGACAUGGACAUGGACGUGGACGUGGACGUGGACAUGGAUAG